ACGACGGCGUUCAGCCGCAUUCAAAAACCUGUUGCUGUAUUUUCGUUUCUCUUGGCCGGCACCAGCGAUCCAAACAGCACGAUGCUACUGAGAAAUCGGCUACUCAGUCUCCAAAUUGCUCCUCUGUUAUCACCGCUUUCUUCAUUUCCGAAUGCUUCGCCGUUCGCCCUCUACUUCCCAAACCCUCUCUAUCUCUCGACCCGAAAAAGCCCUAAUUUCAUCCCUUCUUUGUCGCGCCAUGUUUCUGCAACAUCUAAGAGCGCGAAACCGCCAAUGUCGGAGGCGGCCAAGUUCGUCCGGACCGUCCUCUUCGUGCCACCAGGAGUUGAGCCAGACGAUGUCACCGACGACAUGGUCAUUCCGGGUUCGAACAUCGUGCUCGGACCCUACGCGGGUCACGCCCAAAUUAAAGAGGUGGAGUUCGUCAAGAGCAGCGGCCGGCCCAAGGACUGCCCUAAGGAUCAGAGACCGGAGUUCGCCAUCCUCGGCCGCUCCAAUGUUGGCAAGUCUUCGCUUAUUAAUGCUCUCGUUCGUAAGAAAGAAGUUGCCCUCACUUCUAAGAAGCCAGGGAAGACUCAACUAAUUAAUCAUUUCCUGGUAAACAAAAGUUGGUAUCUUGUGGAUUUGCCUGGAUAUGGGUUUGCUAAUGCCCCAGAUUCAGCUCGAAUGGACUGGUCCUCAUUCACAAAAGGAUACUUUUUGAAUAGAGAAACUCUAGUUGGUGUGCUACUUCUUAUUGAUGCUAGUGUUCCACCUCAAAAGAUUGACCUUGACUGUGCUAAUUGGCUUGGACGCAACAAUAUAUCAAUGACUUUUGUAUUCACGAAGUGUGACAAAAUGAAGGGAGGCAAAGGAAAGAGGCCUGAUGAGAACAUCAAGAAAUUCCAAGAGCUGAUCAGACAGAAUUACCGAGUACAUCCCCCCUGGAUCAUGACUAGCAGUGUCACUGGUCUGGGCAGGGAUGAGCUUCUUCUGCAUAUGUCGCAGCUAAGGAAUUACUGGGAUAACUAGAAGCAGGUAGACACAAAUUUUUAUUUGGAUUUAUUAGAGAAGAGGUCUACCAAAAGCAUGAGAAAGUGGACACAGCGAUGAGUAAUGUUUUUCCAGGUUUUAGUCCCAAGAAGAAAUUGUACUUCACGGCUGUAAUUUGAUUUCCCAUGUAACCAAAAAAAAACUUUUGAGGGGGGGUGGGAGGGGAAUACGAGCCAAAGUAUAAAUUUGGGUUGGUUACGUUUGGGUGUAUUGGUUGGGCAGUGGGGUGUUGUGGUUUCCUCUGUAAUUAUAUAACUGAAUGGUAUACCACAUGCCUCUUUGCUCUGUGUAGUACCUUUAAGAGUGAUUUUUGUUCUGGCCAUAAUAUUUCGUUCCCUAGGUGCAUGAUUGUUUUCUGGGAAGUUCUGAGAAUGAAUGAAGUGUCGUGUUGUGGUACUCUUUUUUUAGGGUUUAGAAGGGAGUGCCCCUCACACAAAGGAGCCUAUCUUAUCAUAGGAGUUGUGGCCUUCUUGUACCUGGAUUUUCAUCUCCUUAAUUAUCUGCCUUCAUCCAUCCAUCCACAUGAAUAAAAGUGAACAAGGGUUUCUGCACUGAAGCUGCUCAAUGAUGGCAUGGACGGGCUGGUUUGUGCUUGUAAAUAACUGCCUUAUAACUUAUUCGAACCCAUGGGGGCACAACUUAGGCAGCAGGACCAGUCUCACUUUUCGUGCAACCCAGUGCCGUGCACUUCUCUGCAAUUCCUGUGAAUUAACACGUUCCAUGGGAUCUCCAUGCUGUAUCUUAUUGGAAACUGCAGAGGUGGGAUUGCAUAGUUAUCUUUAUCACAGGUAAGCAUUCGUGUAUAUGUAUCUCAUACCUUCAAACUAUCUCCUACAUAGGACAAUGUUUGCAGUCUGAUGACCCUCUUUUUUAGGUAGCCAGUAUUGCAGUUUCAAGUAAGAUUUUGCUUUUAUAAUAUGCUGUAUGGUGCAAUGAAAGAACCUGAAGUAGCUGAUCAGAAAUUCCAAUGAGACAAUAGUUUAUGCUGUCGAUAA